AUGGACUCGCUUCACUGCUUCAAUUGCCACUCGUUUCCGUCGAAAGACACGGAAUUCUUCGUCACAAACUGUAUGCACAUUUUUUGCGCCACGUGUAAAAAGAGCGCCGAACCGGAACCGCCCGAAAAUGGAGCACAAACAGGUUGGGCGUGAUUUUUAGGAAUUUUGUUUUCAAAGCUAUAAAUUGAGUCAUUCUCGAUUGAAUUUAAAAAAAAAAGUUAAACUAAGCUUGACGAUUUUUAGAGCCGUCAAAGUGCACGGAAUGCGAGAAAGGACCGCUGAAAUUCAUGAAAAUCGGACCAGAUAUGCCGGCACAGGUUUGCACAUAUAUUUAAAAAAAUUAAUUCAAAAAGCACAAGCUCUUACAAUGUUUGAAUGAAACGUAUUCAAGAAACUCAUCAAUUUGAUCGAAAAAAAAACUGCAAAACUAUGGCGGUACUCGCUAGAACAUUCAAAUUUAUCUGAAAAAGUGUUCAAAUUUCAGGUGAAACAAAUGUUCCUGCCGGUGACGGACGACAUCCAGACAAUUGGCCGCAAUAUGAACCGAAUAAUCACUUUUCAAAAUUGGCAACGUGCCAAUCUAUUGAGUGGAUUGACGAAAAAGGAAAGGGCGUUUGAUAGGCUGCGCACCGCCUGGCAGGACGAGAAAAGUGAGAAAGAGCAGUACAAGAGGUAAAAAAAGACCUAAGCGAAUCGCAAAAGUUCUUACGCGCUUUUCCUUGUGUUCAGACAACUUUUACUGUUAAAAACCUCAACGUUUUGCAGAAAAUUGGAGGAAAUGAGAAAAAUGCUGAAAAAGCAAAAAUCGGAACUGACGGAGCUGAAAUCGAUUUCAGCCGAACGUCCCGCGAGCCUCAAUUCGACAGUGACGCCGUCGAUGGUCCGCGUUUUCAGUGACUCCAUGUACAACACGCCGAAAAAUGCGAAAAAAGCGCUUCCCGCUUUUUUGAAGUUUGUCUUGUCACGAAAUCUGUAAAAAAAAUGAUUUUCAUGAAUUUCAGAGCAAAAUCGAUGGCGUCGCAAGCGGCGAAAAAUCAAGAAAUGCUCAAAACGCCAGUGCAUCCGCCGAAAACGUCUAUGGGGUUGGGAACUCUGAAAAAAUGUGAAAACAGAUUUGAAUUUCAGAUUUGUAACUCCGAAAAAUCCGCCGCACAUGUUCCCCCAUCUCAACAAACAGCCGGUGCCAAAAGUGACCAAAAAAUCGAGUGCGUAA